CUGGAAGCCGGAAGCAGGCGAAGUCGAGCCUACUCGGAGCUUCUCGGCGGAAGGGAGAGCCCAGGGCCGGUCCCUCGCAGCGCCCCAGCCGCCGGGUCGCGAGCUCUCCGCGACAGUGCGGGGCCAUGGGGACUCCGCGCCGCGGGCCACCAGUCGUCCCGGGGCCCCUGCUGGGGCGGCUACUGCUGUCCCUGCUCCUGAGCGGGCUGGCCCCGGUUCGCGCCUCCCCGCGGCUCCUGGAUUACCCGGCGCCGGUCUGCUCCCAGCAGGGUCUAAACUGCGUAGUCAAGAAUAGUACCUGCCUGGAUGACAGCUGGAUCCACCUUCGAAAUCUGACCCCUUCAUCCCCAAAGGAUGUCCAGGUCCACCUGGACUUUGUCCAGACCCAGCAUGGAGACCUACUGCCUGUAGCUGGCAUCAGAUGGACCCUGCAGACAGAUGCCAGCAUCCUCUACCUGGAGGGUGCAGAGUUGUCUGUCCUGCAGCUGAACACCAAUGAACGUUUGUGUGUCAAGUUUGAGUUUCUGACCAGACUGAAGCAUCAUCAUAAGCGGUGGCAUUUUACCUUCAGCCACUUUGUGGUAGAACCUGGCCAGGAGUAUGAGGUGACUGUUCACCACCUGCCCAAACCCAUCCCUGAUGGUGACCCAAACCACCAGUCCAGGAACUUUCCCGUACCUGGCUGCGAAGACCCCAGGAUGAAGAUGAUCACACCAUGCGUGGGCUCAGGCAGCCUGUGGGACCCCAACAUCACCGUGGAGACCCUGGAGGCCCGCCAGCUGUGGGUGAGCUUCACCCUGUGGAAUGAAUCUACCCAUUACCAGAUCCUGCUGACCAGUUUUCCACACACGGAGAACCACAGCUGCUUCCAGCACACACUGAUGGUGCCCGAGCCUGCGUACCAGGACUCCCGCCAGCGGUCCAAUGUCACGCUCACCCUGUCAGAUUCUAAUUGGUGCUGCCGCCACCGAGUACAGAUCCAGCCCUUCUUCAGUAGCUGUCUAAAUGACUGCCUCAGACACUCCAUAACUGUACCCUGCCCGGAAAUUCCAGAUCCUCCAGUCUCAAUCGCAGACUAUAUACCCCUGUGGGUGUACGGGUUCAUCACGGGCAUCUCCAUCCUGCUGGUGGGUUCCGUCAUCCUGCUGAUCAUCUGCAUGACCUGGAGGCUACCCAGGUCUCGUGAAAAAUACGGGAAUGACACCAAAUGUACAGAUGUCCUGCCCAAGAGCAGCCUGACACCCCCACCCCUGAAGCCCAGGAAGGUCUGGAUCGUCUACUCAGCUGACCACCCCCUCUACGUGGAUGUGGUCCUAAAGUUCGCCCAGUUCCUGCUCACCGUCUGUGGCACCGAAGUGGCCCUUGACCUGCUGCAGGAGCAGGUCAUCUCAGAGGUGGGGAUCAUGACCUGGGUGGGCCGCCAGAAGCAGGAAAUGGUAGAGACCAACUCCAAGAUCAUCAUCCUGUGCUCCCGAGGCACCCGUGCCAAGUGGCAGGCCAUCCUCGGCUGGGAGGAGCCUGCUGUCCAGCUUCGGUGUGACUGCUGGAAGCCCGGGGGUGACCUCUUCACAGCGGCCAUGAACAUGAUCCUGCCAGACUUUAAGAAGCCAGCCUGCUUCGGCACCUACAUUGUCUGCUACUUCCGUGACAUCAGCAGUGAGAGUGAUAUUCCUGACCUCUUCAACAUCACUCCCAGGUACCCACUCAUGGACAAAUUUGAGGAAGUUUACUUCCGAAUCCAGGACCUGGAGAUGUUUGAACCCGGCCGGAUGCACCGCGUUGGGGAGCUCACGGGUGAGAACUACCUGCGGAGCCCCAGUGGCUGGCUGCUGAAGGAGGCCGUGGAGAGGUUCCGGGAGUGGCAGGCUCAGUGCCCUGACUGGUUCGAGCGCGAGAACCUUUGCUCCGCAGAGGACCAGGACCUCCCAUCCCUGGAUGAAGAGGUGUUUGAAGAGCCGCUGCUGCCACCGGGAGGAGGGAUCAUCAAGCAAAAGCCCCUGGUGCAGGAACCUGCCUCCGAGGGCUGCCUGGUGCUCAAUCUGCGCGUCUGUGAGGAAGGAAGGGGAAUGUCCCGGCUGGAACCUCAAGUUCAGCCCCAGGGAGAGCCGGCAGCCCUGACGCUCCAGACAGAGGUGCUCCCUGUGGAGGAGGCGCCUCCAAUUCAGGCAGUGCAGCCUGUCCCUCAAGCCACCGGGAGCAGCACAGCCAGCCGCUUGGCCGUGGUAGAGGGAGAUGAGGCCUGGCCGCUGUUGGAGGGCCACGGCCCUCGGCGGAACAGCAUCCUCUUCCCCGUGGACUCAGAGGACCUGCCCCUCUGCAGCACGCCUAGGGCAUCGCCCAACCACCUCCCGGAAGACGUGAGGGAACAGCUCGAAGGCCUGAUGUUCUCACUCUUCCAACAGAGUCUGGGCCGCCAGGACCAGGAGGGCUGGGAGAGCGCCGCAGCAGCCCUCAAAGACCUGUACGCUCCCUGUGAGGAUGGGCAGCGACAGUCAGUGCAGUCCGACCAGGGCUACAUCUCCAGGAGCUCCCCGCAGCCCCCUGAAGGACUCCUGGAAAUGGAGGAGGAGGGAGAAAAGCAGGACCUGGGGAGGUCGGCCAAGCAGCUCUCGCCUGAGGACGUAGAGAGCCUGAGAAGCCUCCAGCGGCAACUUUUCUUCCAAGAGCUUCAGAAGAAUUCUGGCUGGGACGGUGUGGAGCCUGAGAUGCCAUAGGGCCUCCUUAGACCCCGAGUGUUGGGAGAAGGGUGCAUGUAUGUACACAAGUGUGCACAUGAGUGUCUGUAUGUAUACAUAUGUCCGUGUGUGAAAUGUUUGCCUUUGAAGUGUUAACCUCUUGAUCCCUGGGCAUCCCCCUUAAUUUUCUUUCUCUGACCCUCUGGUCAUGAUGUCUCUUCCCCACAAGAAUCCACAGCCCAUUCCCAGGAGCUAGUGACAAAGUGUCCUUGAGUCUCCACCAUUCAUUCAUUCAUUAAUUCUUUCAUUCAUUUCAGCAUUUAUUUUGCACCUCUUAUGUGCCAGGCAUCUGAGAUACAAAGGUAAAUUGCAGGAGAUAUUGGCCCCGGCCACGGAGGGGCUUAACAUCUAGUGAGAGCAACAGAUUAGCAAACAGGAUAAUCAUGAGCGAAGUAAGGCCAUAGUAGAGGUCUCCCCAGGGCUAUGAAAAUACAAAGAAGGGAAACCUGGGCCAAGACACUGUGGUUGCAGAAGGCAGCAGGUGGGGUGAGGGCUGGAGCAGUAAGAGAGGUGGUGGAGAGGCAGCUAGAGCCCCAGUUGGAGAAGGCAUGUGGGCCAGGCUGGGGUUUGGGACAUCAGCCCUGUGGCCUGGGAUUCCUUUGAUAUGGGGAGCUGCUGCUCUGCAGAGAAGGAGGCUAAGGACCAAACAUACCUGAAAGCCACCUCAGCUCAGUUUUGGAAAGAGACAGGAUGGAAAUGUGUGGUGUGAAACCUAACAGCAUUCAAUGGGGAGAAAAGUCUGAAAUCCUGAGCCCCUGUUUUGGCACUCAGUCAAAGACAGGGUCUUUAGGGACUGCAUGGGCGGGCCCCUGGGCAGCAGCCCCCCAUCCGCACACCUCUUGCCCCCCGUGAGCACAGGAAGCACCAGAGCUGGGCACCCAAGACUGAGUAUGAGAUACGGACCUCACAUCAGGGUGGGCAGAGGGGGGCAGGGCAGGAGUUAGAGGGCUGGCAGAAGCAGGCCUCUUUGAGGAGAGAGGGAAGUGUACCACUCUGUCUUUAAAAGUCUGAGUUGGUUCAAAGAAGAGAGAUGCUAAGGCCCAGUGUUUGAAGAAGUGGUUCCUGAAAGUGCUUCCUUUGGAGAAACUGAAGGCUUUGUCCCUCUGGGGUCCGGGCAAGCACAAUGGGAUGCCAUCUGCCCCUGGAAUGGAGACACAGCUCUAAGCUUCAGUGAAGGGGUGAGGAUUCUGGCACAUAAUGGGAAACCAAGUAUCUCAGGUUACCUGUGUGUAUGCCACACCCAUGCAUAUGUGUGCACAAAAGGGAGAUUAUCAAUAAUGAAUAAAUGUGUUAACUCUGGUUAGAAUUCUGGGUACUUUGAGUUCCAUGUUACUAUGGGUCAAGAGUUCCUAGCUGUAGAGUCCUUUCCAGUGGUGCGAUUUCACCUCAUAGUGGCAGGGGCAUCAGGCCUAAGUCCCAGACAGAGUGUGGCCCGUACACAGCCUGACAGCAGGACCAGAUAAGGUGUCUGUGCACCUCCAGAAUACUUACAUUGACACCUAAUCCCCAGUGUGACGGUUGUGGAGGGACAGGUGAUGAGGUCACGUGGAUGGAGCCCCAGACUUCCUCCCUUCUGCCACGUGAGGGCACAGCGAGAUGGUUUGUGAACCAGGAAGCAUGCUCUCACCAGACAUCCAAUCUGCCAGCUCCUUGAUCUUGGACUUGCCAACCUCUAGAACUGUGAGAAAUAAAUUUCUGCAUUUAUAAGCAGCCCAGCCUAUGGUGUUCUGUUAAAGCAGCCCUAACAGACUAAGAGAGAAGGGAGAAAAGGAACUGAGUUCUCCCAGCUGCCAGCCUCUCAGGCUCCAUCUCUCCUCCAAUAAGCUGGGUCCAGAUGCCUACCAGCCUGUGGUGUUUUCCCAGCUUCUAGGAAGCAUUAAAUGUGCAGAGUGUGGAAUACCACCAUGGGCUCUUCCUUGCUGGAGCCAGGGCUCUCUGUGGUGGCAGAAUGGCCCUAGCCAGUGUAGUGCUGGUGCCCAGAAGACAUUCCCAUUUGAGUUGCAUUCCCCACAAACCUUGAAUUCUAGCUUUGCUGGCCUCUGAGGCUAAAAUGUCCUCAAUUAGCAUUGUUCACUAAGUCCUGUUUAUCUCCAGGGCUGCUACUUUUCUUCCUAACAGCUUUGUUGAGAUACGAUGCACAUACCAUACCAUUCACAGCUGCCCCCAUGCAGUUCAGUGGCUUUUAAGAGUUCAGACUUCAGCAACCAUCAGCAUAAUCAAGUUUAGAACAUUUUUCUUACCCCCAAAAGAAAUCUAGCACUCCUUAAUCCUCAUCCCAACCUCCCUAAAUUCCUCAUCCCUCUAUAGAUUUCUCCAUUUUGGACAUAACAAGUAAGUGGAAUCAUGAAGUCCCCAGGCUUCACCCUUUCUUUAAUGUUCUUCCCUGGCUCCUCCCCUGUUCCCUGUCCUACCCUAAAGCCCCAGUCUCAUACUGGUCUUUCCAGCAUAAAUGCUGGAAAUUCUGUCAACCUGUGGUGUCUGCUGUCAGCCAAAUGCCAAGAGCUUCAAGAGCAUGUAUAAAUAAAGCCAUGCCUUUCUUUUCAUACUAUUCUGAAACAUGGCUAAUAAAAUCCUACUUCACCCAGAAACACCAUUCCAAGAACAGAUGUCCUCCAAGCUGUGACUUUCCUACCACUCAGGCCCUCUCCUAAAUAGAGUGCAGAAGUGGCUCAAGUGGGUGGGAGGACCCACAGUCAAUAUACGACCGAAGCCUGCAGUGGAGUAGCUGUGACUGGUGUCCGGCCCAAGUCUGCAUGCUUGCACCAGGCCAGCUUCCAACUUCCAAGUGGACUUGCCUGCUGUCUUGUUCCUAGUUUUUUUUUUUAAAAAAAAAAGGCGGUAGGGAUGAUUAAAUGGUGAUGUAGACAUUGUUCAAUACAGUGCUUUCCAACUCAGCUUCCAAACCAGUUUUUCUUUUCUGCUUAGGAAGGACCUCAGGAAGGUGUCCAGGCUUUCAGGGAAUUGUUAGUCACUUAAACAUCCAUUCAGCAGUUUGAGCUGGGAUCUCUGCAUGGCGGGCUAUGAUGGAUUUUACUGAUUUUCUGCUUAUCUUUGAAUAUUAAAUAAGGCAUAAGGGAGAGGAAGAUGUACUUACAAUGCAGUGGAAAGUUUUAAUCCUGUGUCCUUUAGCUUUGCAGUUGGUGUGCUCCCAUCCCAAAUACACAAGGGCAGUGCCAGGUGCCAUUCUGCCCCAGCGUUUCCUGAAAAGACCUGUCAGUUAAGGGCCACAAGACACCGGCUGCUUCAGGCUGUGCAAGAAAGUAAGGGCCCAAGUAUGCAUGAGCUUGGAUUAAAGCAGAGCUGGUAUUCCAGCUCCAGCUGUGGGUCUCAAGCCAGGGAGCUGGGGAAAGAGAUUUUUUUUUUUUUAAGUUACUUAUUUACGGAGAACAGGGGAAGGGCAGAGAAAGGGAGAGAGAAUUUUUUUUUUGGGGGGGGGGUGGC